AUGGAAUACCUAAAGACGAUCCUAGUAGCCAACAGAGGCGAGAUUGCCUGUCGAUUGAUCAAAGCUGCACAAAAAUUGGGAAUCAGAACGAUUGCCAUCUAUACACAACCAGACUGUGAAUCGGAGCAUGUUCGUCUUGCAGACACAGCCGUUCUAUUACAAGGCGAAGCAAGAGCGGCAUACAUAGAUGGAGAUCAGAUCAUUCAAGUAGCUAAGGACAAUGGCGCCCAAGCCAUUAUUCCUGGAUACGGUUUUCUUUCCGAGAACACGAAUUUCGCCAGGUCUGCAUCGGCAGCCGGACUCGUCUUCGUUGGUCCAUCACCAGAAGCGAUUGAAUCCUUUGGACUGAAGCACACAGCCCGUGAGUUGGCUGUGGCUGCGGGAGUCCCUGUUGUCCCCGGUACUCAGGGUCUACUCGAAGAUGAGGAAGCUGCCGCGGCGGCUGCCACUCGCUUAGGCUACCCUGUGAUGUUGAAGGCGACUGCCGGAGGAGGAGGCAUGGGUUUAUUGGCUUGUGCGAAUGAAGCCGAAGUACGAGAGAACUUCAAUACGGUUAUAUCACGAGCAUCAUCCCUUUUCAAAAAUGCCGGUGUCUUUUUAGAACGGUAUUACCCGGAUAGCCAUCACAUCGAGGUACAAGUUUUUGGCAAUGGACAGGGUAAAGCCAUCAGCGUCGGAGAACGAGAAUGCUCAAUCCAGAGACGUCACCAGAAAGUUAUCGAGGAGUGUCCCAGCCCAUUUGUCUCACAACGAUACCCAGAUCUUCGUCAGAAACUGACGCAGUGCGCUGUUCGCUUGGCAGAAGAUAUAAAAUACGGUUCCGCAGGAACAGUAGAGUAUCUUGUUGACGAUCAUACCGGGGAUUUCUUCUUUCUUGAAAUGAAUACUCGUCUCCAGGUCGAGCAUGGCAUUACUGAGAUGUGCUACAACGUCGAUCUGGUUGAACUGAUGCUGAGACAAGCAGACUGUGAGCUCGGUGGGAAAGGGGGUCUAACAAUCGAGGAGAUGGAAACUCUACAAGCGCGAUGCCUUGAGCCCCAGGGUCAUGCCAUUGAAGCGAGAGUAUAUGCUGAGAAUCCAGCAAGGUACUAUGCUCCCAGUCCCGGUUUGCUUCAGCAAGUGUCAUUGUACACGCCUGAAGGAGCACGUGUCGAUACAUGGGUUCGUGGAGGGAUCGUUGUCAGCGCCGAAUAUGAUCCUCUACUUGCCAAAGUAAUGUAUCAUGGCUCCACGCGCGAGGCCGCCGUUGCAACCAUAGAGGAGAUCCUCAGCAAAAGCUCUAUUUGCGGGCCACCCAUCAACCUCGGAUUCCUACUGGCUAUUAUUCAAAGCGGCGAUUUUAAAAGGGGGAACACCAUAACCAAGUUCUUGGACACUUUUAGAUAUACUCCUGCCGCCAUCGAUAUCAUUUCUGGCGGCUCGUACACAUUAGUACAAGACUUCCCUGGUCGACCAACGGUCGGUCAUGGAUUUGGUCAUGCAGGCCCAAUGGAUCCUAUCGCUUUCCAGGCGGCCAAUCUCCUAGUUGGCAAUGAAGUUGGGAUCGAAGCCCUUGAAAUCACUCUUACCGGACCUGAACUCUUAUUCCUCGGCGACGCUGUCAUUUCCCUUUGUGGACCUCCCAUUCCAGCCGAACUGGAUGGCAAGGAAAUGCCACAGUGGACUCGGGUCCGCAUCCGUGCCGGUCAGCGUCUCAAGAUCGGAAAGAUGGCUGCCAAUUGUAGGGUCUACCUCGCCAUUUACGGGGGUUUACUUAACGUAUCAAAGUGGUUUGGAAGCAAGUCUACAAAUCCUAUGGUCAACGUUGGUGGAUAUCAAGGUCGACCACUGCGAGCAGGAGAUUUUCUCAGUAUUGUGGAGUCGUCUCAUCUUCCUGAAGACGUCUCAGUUUCGAUCCCUCAGACCUUACGUCCUCAAUACACGAGCGAUUGGACAAUUCAGAUUAUGCCUGGGCCUUAUGAGACAGGCUACCUGUCCACAAGAGAUAUAGAAAUGUUCUUUGCAGAGACCUGGACGAUCAGCCACAAUGCAGCCCGCGGUGGGAUCCGUCUCAUCGGUCCUCGUCCCGAGUUCGGUCGUUCGGAUGGAGGAGAAGGUGGUGCUCAUCCCAGUAAUGUGAUUGAGUAUGGCUAUCCUCUUGGUGGACUUAACUGGACAGGCGACGAGCCUGUUAUUUUCCCGGUUGACUGUCCUGAUUUCGGAGGGUUUAUCUGCAGUCUGACGGUUAUUAAGGGCGAUAUAUGGAAACUUGGCCAACUUCGUGCUGGAGAUAAGGUCAAAUUCCAUCGGGUAUCACUUGAAAAUGCUUUGCAAUGUCGUCGUAAGAAUUCAAAUUUUCUGGAAGAUGUUGCUACUUCUAUAAAGACAGGCUCUUGGGAGACGAUUGAGGGGUUUGACAGUAUCAGUGUAGGACCAGAGGUCACCGAGCCUAGUCAGGAUGUGUUGAAAGUCCUAGAGGAGACGGACAAGAGACCAAUGGUGUCGUACCGCGCCGGAGCCGAUGACUAUCUUCUAGUCGACUAUGGAAAUGGAUGUUCAGACCUAAACUACAAAUGCCGAGCGACAGCUUUAUCGCGUCAACUUCAGAAUCGGUCGGGUUUAGUUUCAGCCAACAUAAAAAAUGGCGGUGCAAUUUUCAACAUGGUGGGCUGCGGUAACUCUCUUGCUAUUUGUUACGACGGUCUUGCUCUUUCACAAGCAGACUUGCUGAAUGAACUCAUCGCGAUCGAGGACACGCUUGGCGACAUGCGAAGCGCCAAAUUUCCUAACCGUCAUUUCAAGCUCCCCCUCACCUUCCGACACAAGAAACUUGAAGAUGCCAUGGAACGAUAUAUGGCUAAUCAACGUCCUCUGGCCAGUUAUCUACCCGACCCACUGGCGUUCUUAGCAGAGAACAAUGGCAUGACUAUCGAAGAACUAAGAACUAUGUUCUUGACACUACAAUCCGUCAUCAUCGGAGUUGGUUUCUUCAUGGCUCUUCCACAAAGUAUGCCCACAGAUCCACGUUAUCGGAUCCGUAGUCCAAAGAUGAACCCGAGUCGCACGUAUACGCCCGAAGGAACAGUCUCCUGGGGAGGAUCAGCAAUCGCGAUUUAUCCUGUUGACUGUCCCGGUGGCUACAUGCCAACGGGUAUGACUAUUCCAGGCCUCGACAUCUACGGAUCAAAGCCGGGUUUUAGCGAGGAACGACCGUGGCUGUUCCAGGAUAUGGAUACAAUUAGUUUCUAUGAGGUUGAUGAGAAAGAAUAUGAUCUCAAAGUUGCCGAGUUCAAGGCUGGCAAAUAUGAGUUUGAGAUGGAGCCGGGACUGUUUGAUAUGGCCGAACAUAAUGAGUUGCUCCAAAAUACGAUGGGUGAAGCUCGUGCAAUCCAAGAAAAGAGGGCGGUCUCUCAGAGGAAGAUGGCUGAGAAAGAGAAGAUGCUGCUUGAACAGUGGCUUGCUGAGAAGCAAGCAGAUGGAAGCAACGCGGAUGAGGUCCGGACCAUGCUUGAAGACCCGGCAUACCAGGUCAUCGAGGCUCCCGUCAACGCAAAUGUCUGGAAGGUCCUGGUGCAAGAGGGAGAUGAAUUGCAGGCUGGCAAGAUUGUCAGUAUUCUAGAGGCCAUGAAAAUGGAGAUCAAUGUUCUGGCAGACUCUCAUCUAGCUGGCGCCACUGUGGCUAAAGUCCUAGUCAAACCAGGCGAUUCUAUUGAAAGUGGUAGGCCAGUUAUACUUGUGAAGGUGCCAGCUUGA